AUCAGUGUGUGGAGGUUGAUGUGGCAGCAGUAUAGUGGUAGUGCCAGGCAGGUGGAGAGUGCCACCAGCUGGCUCAGUGUUAACAUAACCAGCUGUACAACAUGUCGUCAACUUUGCGUUUUGAUGGAAAAGUGGCCAUAAUUACAGGCGCCGGGGGUGGCCUGGGUCGGUCAUAUGCCCUACUGUUUGGAUCUCGUGGUGCAAAAGUGGUUGUGAAUGAUUUGGGUGGUGACACGAAAGGAGAAGGCAAGAGUUCCCGUGCUGCAGAUAAGGUUGUGGAAGAGAUUCAAAAUGCAGGAGGGAUUGCUGUAGCCAACUAUAAUUCAGUGGAAGAUGGAGAAAAAAUUGUUCAAACAGCACUUGAUAAUUUUGGCCGUGUGGACAUAUUGGUGAACAAUGCUGGUAUCUUGAGAGACAGAUCUUUUGCUCGCAUAUCUGACACCGAUUGGGAUUUGGUUCAGCGUGUACACUUGCGAGGUGCAUUCAUGGUCACACGGGCUGCUUUUCCAAUCAUGAAGAAGCAGAAGUAUGGUCGAAUCAUCAUGACCUCCUCAACAUCCGGAGUCUAUGGAAACUUUGGCCAGGCUAACUAUAGUGCUGCUAAACUUGGAUUAUUGGGCCUCAGCAAUACUGUAGCAAUUGAAGGUUAUAAAUAUAACGUCCAUUGCAACACCAUAACACCUGUGAGUGGCACCCGUAUGACAGAGGGUAUCCUACCACCAGAAAUGUUUGACGAGCUUAAGCCGGAAUUUGUGGCUCCACUGGUGUUGUGGUUGUGUCAUGAAGACUGUGAAGACAGCGGUGGACUUUACAAGGCUGCAGGUGGAUGGUAUGGAAAGUUUAGAUGGGAAUUAACUGAAGGACUUGUGUGCCAAAAGUCACAAGAGGCCUUGGUUACGCCUGAGGAAGUUCGUGACAAUUGGGAAAAGAUAAUAGAUUUUAAAGGGGCUCAUCAUCCAGCAUCCACCUAUGAAGAUUCUGCAUUACUUGCUAUGGCUCUCCAAGGAAAUAGAGGAAACUCUAAGGUGAAAACUAACCUCACUGCUGCUUCCUCUGCCUCACUUACUGGACCUCUCUCUGCAGUUGGAGUAAAUUUAAAGGCAAGAAGCUUCACAUACAAUGCAAAAGAUGUUAUCUUAUACGCACUUGGAGUUGGUGUGUCUACUGAGGAUGAGAAUGGUCUUCAGUUCUUGUAUGAGAACAGUGAGGACUUUUCUCCAUUACCAACCUUUGGUAUUGUGCCAUCACAAGCCACCAUGAUGGGUGGAGAACUCUGGAGUCAGAUUCCUGGCUGGUCGGUUGAUUUUACAAAGCUUCUUCAUGGAGAAAUGUACAUAGAAAACAUCAAACCCCUGCCAACAAGUGCCACUUUAUACACAGAACUGAAGGUGGUGGAUGUUUUAGACAAGGGCUCUGGAGCUGUCCUCAUCUCUAAUACAUUGACGAAAGAUGAAAAAGGUGAUCCAGUGUCUUGGGCACAGUGGUCAUUGUUUAUAGUUGGGGAAGGAAAUUUUGGAGGUCCAAGGAAGAGCACAAAGGCUGUACCUCUGUAUGAUGCUCCCAAGAGAAGCCCAGAUGCCACAGAAGAGUUCAAGACAGACAUUGAUCAGGCUGCUCUGUACCGGCUCAAUGGGGACCGUAAUCCACUUCACAUUGAUCCUGCCUUUGCUGCUAUGGGUGGUUUUAGUCAGCCUAUCCUUCAUGGACUUUGUUUCUUUGGUAUUGCUGCUCGAAUAAUUCUGAAGAACUUUUGUAAAAAUGAUGCAAAGUUAUUUAAGGCCAUGAAGACCCGUUUUGCCAGAUCAGUGAUCCCAGGUCAGACGCUUGUGGUGGACAUGUGGAAAGAAGGCUCACGAAUUUUCUUUACUUGCACUGUUAAGGAAACAAAACAAGCUUGUCUCACAGGUGGUUAUGUGGAUAUUGUUGACAAAGAUUCUCGGAUGACUUCCACUCCCAUCUCUCUGCAGUUAUCUAGUAGUGCUGUGUUCCAUGAAAUUUCGCAGAGAUUGGCAAACACUCCUGGUACAGCUGAAAAAGUGAAAGCCAUAUUCUUGUGGAAUAUAAACAAGAACAAGACACAUGCUGCACAGUGGACACUAGAUUUGAAGCAUGGCCCAGGGUCAGUCUAUGAAGGAGCACCCAGAAAUGGAGAGAAGCCCAAUGUGACACUGACUCUGGAAGAUGAUGACAUGGUUGCUCUAGUGACUGGAAAAUUAAAUGCACAAAAGGCCUUUUUGUCUGGGAAAUUAAAAGUUUCAGGUAACAUGAUGCUCACACAGAAGUUACAGGCUCUUCUUAAGCCACAAGCCAAGAUGUGAGCACUUGCUCCAACGAUGGAGUAGGAGAAAACUGAAAAUUCAAGAAUAUCUUAACCAUAUUUAGGAUCCUGUGAUUAGCUGUGAGUAAACAUGGAACAUUUAAUAGUGGUUAUACAUUGUAUUUGAUGUUUUUGUACGUUAAAGUUUUAUAUAGGUUUUGUAAAAAAAUAAUACUAAUCUACUCUGGCAAGAUCAUGGUUUCACUUUUAUAGAUAUUAUGUUACUUAUGACUUUUGAUAUACAGUCAGCUUUCCUAUAAAGCUCCUCUGUUUAAUGCAAUUUUUUUGCAAAUGCAAUGGAAAAAGAUAAUCCAGAAUUGAAUUUGUGAAAAGUCUUUUAUUGUGCAUGUUAUUCUGUUUUGGAUGCAAUUUUUGAAAUGUAUUUACAAAAAUCAUUAUAGACUGGCUUUGUAAGGGAUUAACUGUAAUGUUUAAAAUAUACAUUGUCAUAUUCAUGGUAAAGCAAUAAACCUACAAGGGUCAUACAUCACCUGGGUAAUGGAAAGUAAUCAAGGUUGUUGUUCUGAAAACUAGCUCUAAUUCUUUGGAUCAGGAACCCUUCACCAGCAUCAAGGCUUGACCUUGAAGGGUGUGUUCUGAUGCACACAAAGGACCACAAGCUUUAUAUCAUGGUUUGCAUCUAGCUAUAAAUUUUGUAAUACUGUACUGUACUAGUUAUAAGUGAAACUAGUUUGUAGGAGAGUCAGUGGCAGUUAUAAAUUGAUACCAUAAUUGUAAUAGACUCCAUGGGGAAGUGGAAAAUUUUUUUUUCCGUAAGCCAUGCAUGUCAUAAGAGGCAACUAAAAUGCAGGGAGCAAGGGGUUAGUAGCCCAUUCUGUAUAAAUUGCUAAAAAGAUAAACUUCUGUUUUUCUUUUUAGGUCACCCAGCCUCGGUGGGAUAUGGCCGGUUCGUUGAAAAAAAUGUAAUUGAUUUAUUAGGUCUAAUCCCUACCUUGCACACCUUUCCAUACAGCACUGUGUAACUUAUGCUUUUAAUGGUUGAUUUUGAACAAUUCAUUAAUCAAGACUUAAGGCACAAAUUUUCAUUGGUAACUUUCGAAUAAUUAUCAACUGUUUACUUCUAUUUUAUUCAUGAGGAAGUGUUAAACCUAUACAAGUCAUGCAGCACUUGGGAAAUGGGUGGUAAUACAUCUUUAUUCCUGCAGUGGAAGGAGGGUAGCCUUAGUUCCUUGGAUCAUAAAUUAUUAUUAUUAUAAUCAAAAAGAAGCGCCAAGCCACUUGGAUCAUAAAGCACGUCCAUCCUUUGAAGGGAUCAAAUUGUUAAACCUCUUGUGGUUAUUAAAUUGAUAGUGAUUAUAAAA